AUGUGGCGGCCCAGCCACGUCACUGCCCGGCCGGGAGAGCGCGGGCCUGGGAGCGCGGGGCUGGGAGCGCGGGGCUCGGAGCGCGGGCAGCGGCGUGCGGGACCCAAAGCCGGGCUGGGGACGUGGCAGCCGCCUCGCCCACCACAAAGUUUCCCGGAGUUGGUGUCGCGCGAUGUCGGGCCGCCGGGGGGCACCAUAAACGUGUUCCGGAUCCUCGGCGACUUGAGCCCCCUCCUGGCCAUGAUCUUGCUCCUGGGGAAGAUCUGGAGGUCCAAGUGCUGCUUGGGCAUCUCUGGGAAGAGCCAGAUCCUUUUUGCUCUCGUCUUCACCACCAGGUAUCUGGACCUGUUCACCAACUUCAUCUCCAUCUACAACACAGUCAUGAAGGUGGUUUUUCUCCUCUGUGUCUAUGUCGCAGUGUACAUGAUCUAUGGGAAAUCUCGGAAAACAUUUGACAGUGAGAAUGACACAUUCCACCUGGAGUUUCUUCUGGUCCCUGUCAUUGGUCUCUCCUUCCUUGAGAAUUACAGUUUUACUCCCCUGGAGGUCCUCUGGACUUUCUCUGUCUACCUGGAAUCAGUGGCCAUCCUGCCCCAGCUCUUCAUGAUCAGUAAAACUGGAGAGGCUGAGGCCAUUACUACUUACUACCUGUUCUUUCUUGGGCUGUACGGUGCACUCUACCUGGCUAACUGGAUCAGGCGGUAUCAGACUGAGAACUUCUAUGACCAAAUUGCAGUGGUGUCUGGAGUAGUACAAACCAUCUUCUACUGUGACGUCUUCUACUUGUAUGUGACCAAAGUCCUUAAAGGAAAGAAGUUAAGUCUUCCAAUGCCAAUUUGA